CUUUCUUCCUCCUCCUUCUGCCUUCCCCUUUUUCUGUCUCCGUCGGGGCGACACGAUGCUGCGACAGACUCUAGCACGUUCGGCUUGGCGGAACGGCAGGCGACCGGUGGCCAGCGCCGCCAGAGCUUUCUCUGCGACAACUCAACGACCUGCUGAGGUCGAGCUCACAAUUGAUGGAAAGAAAGUCUCCAUAGAAGCCGGCUCGGCUCUUAUCCAAGCAUGCGAGAAGGCUGGAUCGACCGUUCCAAGGUAUUGUUAUCACGAGAAGUUGAUGAUUGCGGGAAAUUGUCGUAUGUGCCUGGUUGAAGUCGAGAGAGCACCAAAGCCCGUCGCGUCAUGCGCAUGGCCAGUAGCACCCGGAAUGGUCGUCAAGACCAACUCACCGCUUGCCCACAAAGCCCGAGAAGGUGUGAUGGAGUUCCUGCUGGCCAACCACCCCCUCGACUGCCCCAUCUGCGACCAAGGUGGCGAGUGUGACCUUCAGGACCAGUCGAUGCGAUACGGAGCGGACCGCGGACGAUUUCACGAGAUUGGGGGGAAGCGUGGUGUGGAGGAUAAGAAUAUCGGCCCGUUGGUCAAGACAUCCAUGAACCGAUGCAUCCACUGCACGAGAUGCAUCCGGUUCGCAAACGAUAUCGCCGGAGCACCUGAGAUGGGCUCAACGGGCCGUGGCAACGAUAUCCAGAUCGGUACAUAUCUGGAGAAGAACCUCGACACCGAGCUUUCCGGCAACGUCAUCGACCUCUGCCCCGUCGGAGCUCUCACUUCCAAGCCGUAUGCCUUCCGUGCAAGACCCUGGGAGCUGAAGAAGACGGAAUCGAUUGAUGUUCUGGACGGACUUGGCUCCAACAUCCGGGUUGACGCCCGUGGCCUCGAGGUCAUGCGUGUCAUUCCCCGGCUGAACGACGAUGUCAAUGAGGAAUGGAUCAACGAUAAAACCCGGUUUGCAUGCGACGGCCUGAAGACACAGCGGCUCACUCUGCCUCUCAUACGCCGAGAUGGCAAGUUUGAGCCUGCAGACUGGGAGCAGGCCCUCACAGAGAUCGCCCAAGCUUGGGAGAAGAAGGCGCCGAAAGGCAACGAGUUCAAGGUCGUCGCUGGUGAGCUGGUGGAUGUAGAGUCCAUGGUCGCCAUUAAGGAGCUUGCCAACAAGCUCGGCUCCGAGAACCUUGCUCUCGACAUGCCUUCUGGUAGCCAACCUGUCGCUCAUGGUGUCGACGUACGGUCCAACUACUUGUUCAACUCUCGGAUUUGGGGCAUCGAGGAGGCCGACGCGAUUCUGAUCGUGGGUAGCAACCCCAGACACGAAGCCGCCGUGCUGAAUGCACGCAUCCGGAAGCAGUGGCUCCGGUCAGAUCUCGAGGUCGGCCUGGUCGGUGAGACUUUCGACUCCACCUUCGAGUUUGAGCACUUGGGCACCGACCUGGCUGCUCUGAAGAAGGCCCUGUCUGGGUCCUUUGGCAAGAAGCUCUCGUCUGCAAAGAAGCCCAUGGUCAUUGUGGGCUCUGGCGUGACGGAUCAUGCCGAUGCCAAGGCAUUCUAUGAGACCAUUGGCGCCUUUGUCGACAAGAAUGCAGCCAAUUUCAUCACCGAGGAGUGGAAUGGUUACAAUGUUCUCCAGAGGGCAGCAUCUCGAGCUGGCGCAUUUGAGGUCGGCUUCGUCACACCAUCCGCGGAGGUCGCCGAGACGACUCCCAAGUUCAUCUGGCUGCUUGGCGCGGACGAGAUUAACGAGGCCGACAUACCGAAGGACGCUUUCGUCGUUUACCAGGGUCACCAUGGUGACAAGGGCGCGCAGAUUGCCGACGUCGUCCUACCGGGUGCUGCGUACACGGAGAAGAACGCGACCUAUGUCAACACCGAAGGCCGUGUCCAGAUGACAAGGGCCGCAACAGGACUCCCUGGUGCUGCUCGUACCGACUGGAAGAUCAUCCGGGCAGCAAGCGAGUUCCUCGGAGCUCCUCUGCCCUAUGAUGACGUUGCUGCUCUGCGCGACAGAAUGGUCGAGAUUAGCCCUGCCCUUGCAGCCUACGAUGUUGUCGAGCCCGUUGCCCUUCAGCAGCUCAGCAAGGUGCAACUCGUCGAACAGAACAAGGGUGCCAAGACCACUGGAGCACCUCUGAAGCUCCCUAUUGAGAACUUUUAUUUCACAGACGCCAUCUCGAGAAGUUCGCCAACAAUGGCCCGUUGCUCAGCAGCUAAGGCAACUGGAGAUCCCCGUACGAACUUCAUGGCUCCAGGUAUCGAGGAAGAUAAACCCAUGGGACAGGUUGCGUAUGGUGCAUAGUGAUUAGCUGGGCUGUAAUAAACGGUAAAAAUCACCUGGCUUCCUGGGGCUUCUUUUUCCGUUGUGGUUGCGGGCAUGCUAGCAGGUUUUGUUGUACAUAUGUAGGAGUCAAGGGUCGCUACGAAGACAAAAUACAUCAAUUUUGCAAGAG